CCUAACGAGCAACGGGUGAGAGCGCGGAGCGUAGCCACGAAAAGAUUCAUAAGAACUCGAGCGAGGGAAAGUGAAGACGUGCCUUUCCUCGCGCGGCAGCGCGCGCGCGUGUUCAUUCGAUUCUUUUUUUUUCCCUCUCCUUGUACGUACACAUGUUGCUCCGGGCUCCGACGACGAGACGGUCCGUUUCAUUGCCGUUGUGUCGCGAUAGGUUUUCGUUUUCGCGUCGCGGGUAAAUAAGUUGUUCGUUUGGAGGAUUGUUAAUGAAGGAGACUGUCUUGGUGCGGACUUCAGACGACUCUGUGAAGUGAUUCGCGCCGUCGGCGUCCUCGUCGUUGCCGUCGCGAUACGUCGCGAGUCUAGCGGAAAAUUCGGUAAAAAAGCAGUGUUUCGCCGGUCGAGUCCUCGAUGAUGAACGAGCACAUCAUCGUGUGCAUCCCCUAGUGCAUCGGACUUUGAAUUUGUCGACAUGUGAUCGUGCAUGGGCUAGAGAGGGACGUCUGCAUGCGAUCUCGAACCAGCCGCUUUUCCGCGUCCGGCUAGCCCGCGGACAAUCGGAGUUAGCUUGCCGAGAGUGAUCAUAGAAAUUGCAAACGUUUGUACACACAACAGACCAAACAGCGACGCUCCCCCGUUUACACGUAAACGAUUGCGGUAUACGGUCCCUUUUUCCACAGGAAACGAUGAAAGUGAAUCGAAAAAUGCGCCGCGCUGUCUGACAGGAUACGCAUCCUGGCCGACCGUGAAUGAGUGAAUACCACCACUGCUACCGCUACCACUACCAGUGCUACUCGAAGCGAUAUUCCGAAAUGCCGCCGCCAUCGCCGCCGCCGCGGAACAGCUUCUGCUUCGCAGUGAUAACGGCGUGAUUCGGACGAAUCAUAGACAACGGUGCUGCUGCUGUGUACCAACUUUGGAAACAGAGAUGAGUUGAGGAUCGACUACGAUGUUGAGUCGUCUUUCGGCCGUGGUGGCCUCCAUUUUGGUUCACCAGAUACACUUCCUGUGCACCGCCAGCACUUUGGGUGCGAAACCAUUUCCAGGAUUCGAAAAUCUGCCGCGCUCAUUUUGGCAUGAACUUAGUUCACCUUUCACAGAGGUUUACGAGGUGGAAAGUUUCGUGACUGAAACAAGUGGCACUCCUGAACCGAAGCCAUUUUUCGAGGAUCCGGAGAGCAACAUUACCGUACAGCUUGGUGCUCAAGUCUACAUGCACUGCAGGGUGCAGAAUCUACAAAAUACUUUCAAGGUGUCCUGGGUGCGUAGACGAGGAGAGGAACUUCAUUUACUCACCAUCGGUGUGGACGCGUACGCGAGCGACUCCAGAUUCUCUCUGGCCUUUGAGAAACCUAAUAACUGGCGAUUGCUUCUGCGCUCCGUCACGGAACGCGACGCCGGCCUUUACGAGUGUCAAGUCAGCGCCCACCCGCCAUUAAUCAGAACUGUCCAUCUAGCGGUGUCAGUUCCCAAGGUGGAAAUAGUCGAUGAGCAUGGCGCUACGGCCGGUGACAAGUUCUACAAAGCAGGCAGCACAAUAGAGCUGAAGUGUGUAGUCAGCAAUAUACCGCAACCAACCGGCUACGUUACGUGGCGGCACGGAACCCGUACGCUGAACUACGACACGACUCGCGGUGGCAUCAGUGUUAAGACGGAUAUGGGUGCAGCCGGCGCGGUAUCCAGACUCUACAUCGCGAACGCGAAUAAAAAGGACAGCGGAAACUACAGCUGCGCUUUGGCGGAUGUAGCAGCAGCGACUAUGGUGUCCGUCCACGUACUAAACGGGGAGAAUCCAGCUGCCAUGCAACACGGCGGUACCACGGCCCCGAGAGGGACCUUUAUCUUCACCGUUGUGAUAUCACUGUCGUCGCUCUUAAGGUGACCGUGAUGACCCCGGUGCAUUUUGGACCUGCGAUUCGAAUGGUGCUAACUUUUCUCCCUCCCCGCGGUGAGAGACUCGUGCGCCCGGGAAUGUAUUCUGUUGAAGCGGGAACCUCGGGCUCGGUGUCACAGAGCCCUCUUUCUCCCUUACCACCACCACCUUCUCCUUCUGCUCCACCAUCAUCCGUUCACCUCUCCAUGGGCGACCUAAGCUGCCGCCACCGUCGCCGAUGCUGCGCGAUCGAUCGCACGAAUUACGGGGCGGAUCUAUCGUUUUCGCGACUACGAGACCACGACGUGUGACAACGAAAGAGAUAUCACCAUCGCUGCUGCUGCUGCUGCUGCUGCUAUCAUCAUUACUACUACCACCACUACCACCACCCCCGUUGGUUCUCCGUGCUUCGAAAUACGAUGGGACAUACGACUCUUAGAUGAGACACAAACCUGCUUAGGAGCGCCGCGGUUUUCUACCUCGCGACUUCGUCGCGCGUCCGCGAGACAACGCGUUGCGGCUAUGGUAACGACGUUUCAGUCUCUCUCGGUAAAAAUAACUACUCCCAACUAAUCGCAGUCCCGGGAGAUGAUAUCGACAUGGAAUUGACAGCGUAGAGUGAAGAACGCGCGCGCGCGCGCGCGCUGUGAAUUUCGAGAAGAACGAAAGGGAGAAAUUCUUCGCAUCCCUAUCGCGUGCUUGAGCUCUCUCUCUCUCUCUCUCUCUCUUUCUCUCUCUCUCUCUCUUCCGUUCCCUUUCUCGUCCUCUCUUACUCUCCCUCUUUCGCAAUGUUAAGGUGUCGCACGCGUUAUUUCGCGCGUUCGCGGUGUUCAAACGCAGAGCUGGUAAUUAAAUUCCUGUUUGUGUGUUAUGUAUGUAUAAACGCGACUACCCACGACACGUGUUUCUAAUGGCGGUAAAAAAAUUGCGCGAUGAUUCGAUCGAAAUACGCUCAUAUGUAUUUUUUUUCUUCUUUUUUUUAUCGUUUUAUUCUCCUUAUUGCGAGGUUUUUCGACAUCUGUUCCGAACUAAUUAUUAAACGAUUUUUUUUGUCGAUAUAACGCUGUAAACACAUCACGUUUCGUUUCUGAUUCAGAUAUAAAUUACAUCGUGGAACGUGUCGCUCCCUCCUCAAGUUUGAUGUGUCAUUUUCGUUACUUCUCUUUUUUUUUGUUUCGUUCGGAGGGUAUAACAACGAAAAGCUUUCCAUCGAUCGAAGGAAACGAAGUUUUACGAAGAAUGCGGCAAGUGCGUUUUAUAAGCAAAGUUCGAAGAUACGUGAGAGACGUGUAUAUAUAUACUUUUGUAUAUAUAUAUACUUUUAUAUAUGUGUAUAUACACACACAUACAUAUACGUACAUAUACAUUUGUUGAACUUAUAUUGUGUGCGAGAUGUUAUGUACUUUUAGCAUGCGAGUGACGUUUAGUACGAAAGUUAGAGGAAAUUCCAAAAUGUUGAACGAAUUCGUCGAACGACACCGUCCAGAGAAUCCGACGUACUGGCUGCUCGGCGAAUGAGGCGGCGUUUGAAUUUGGAUUAGCGAUCAUCUCGAUGUUCGACGGGCAAAUUUAUUCAACCGGAUAGACUGUGCGCGAGUUUCCUUUCGUUUCACGCGCGAAUUACGCGGCCGCAUAAUCGCGCCCUACGGAGAGACAAUAGAAAUCGAGGAAAUUUGUCUGGUAUCUCUCAAAUUUUAACAGUCAUGAACCACGUUCGCACACAGACACACUCACGCACACCCAUCCCUCUACAUAUCAUCUAUAUUUCGUUAAUGAACACCCAAAAAAACAUAAUCUUAUCCUUAGCAGAAUUUUUUUAUGUGUUAGUUUCAAGAGUUCUUCUAAAAGGUAAAUAUUCUAACAUUCAGAAAGAAUAACUCUAUUUGCGAAGUGCCAUUUCCUGUUCCUAAGUCUCAUAUUAUAAGGGAAAACCUUUACUGAGAGAAUAUUUCUCUUCUAGUGAAGUGGACUAAUAAUCGGGAAUCCACUGGAUUGCUAUUCUAACUUUUUUCCCUUUUGAAUCAAGAGGAAUAUGUUUAUUUAAAGCAGAGUGCCGCGCGCGACAAGCACGACUUGCACAUUCGGAGAAAAAUAUAAUAGCAACUAUAUAUAUGUGAUAAAUAUACAAGUUUUGUACGUAGCAUUAAUGCAUACAGUUUGAUAAACUACCCGAAAUUUUGAUCCUAUAUUAAACUUUGAAUUCUACAACGCAGUAAGAGUUAUGUUAACAAAGUAGGUUUAAUUCUAAUGAUACAAUUUAUUCCUACUUUGACUCUGAUAUUCCAAAUUUAUCUUUUCACUUUCU